AUGGCGUCAUGGCUGGUAGAAUACAUGGACGCUCUCGCCGCCCGAGACACGACUGAGAAAUCCCAACUUGCUAUCAUCGAGAACUACACCCAGCUCGCCGAUCGCGCAGCGGCGUUGCAGUCCGACGCAUCGAGACGAGACACCGCCCCAGCAGAACCCAUAUCAUCUUCGCCCUCUCCCCGCCCCCCGAAACCUACAGGUAAAGAACCCCGCGGCAAAGACACCGCUGACAACGUCGAGGCCGCCCUUACGCAGCUCCGAGCGGACCUCGCGACCACACAGAAGAGCCGGGCGGAAUUGCAGGCGAAGCUAGAGCCUCUGACGAAGGAGCUGGCGGCGUUGAAAGCAGCCGGGAUGCGGGAUCGGAGGAAGAUCGAGGGGCUGGGGCGGGAGAAGGCGGUGGUGGAGCGGAAGCUGGAGGAUCGGAAUAUGGAGUUGAAGGCGAAGGCAAAGCUGGUGGAGGACGUGCAAGACGAGAUGCUCUCGCUCAACCUCCAGCUCAACGUCGCGGAGGCGAAGUCCCAGAAACUGCGCGACGAGAACAAGGAGCUGGUAGACCGGUGGAUGGCGCGGAUGGGGCAGGAGGCUGACGCGAUGAACGAGCGGUCAAAGUGGUCAUGA